AGAGGAAGUUUACGGAAGAUAAGUAACUCUUCCAGGCGCACGAAACCAAACACACCCCUCCCUCACUGACACACGCUCAGAGACACCGCAGAGGAGACCAGAGCACAGCAACCCGCAGAGGGGAGAAGAGAUACCACAAUGCAAAUGAAAGCCACAACCCAGUUCAGCUCCUCCAGGAAUGACAGCAACUGCACCAGCGACAGCAGGAUCAGCCAAGUCAUCUUCCCUUUACUCUACACCUUUCUGUUCCUGGUGGGGAUCACCAUGAACGGCCUGGCAAUGUGGGUUUUCUUUAAAAUAUCCAGUAAAUCCAAUUUCAUUAUCUUCCUCAAGAACACUGUGAUUUCUGACUUCCUCAUGAUCCUGACUUUUCCAUUUAAAAUCCUCAGUGAUGCCAAGCUGGUGUCCUGGGUCCUGCGAGGGUUUGUGUGCCAGGUCACCCAGGUGGUGUUUUACUUCACCAUGUACAUCAGCAUCCUGUUCCUGGGUCUGAUAACGAUUGAUCGCUACCAGAAAGCCACCUCACCUUUCAGAACCUCCACCCCACGGAGCCUCCUAGCUGCCAAGGUCCUGUCCACAGCAAUCUGGCUGUCCAUGUUUGCUCUCUCGCUACCCAACAUGAUUUUAAAUAAUAAGAAGAAAACACCCAAGAACGUAAGGAAGUGUGCUCUCCUGAAAUCGGAGUUUGGCUUAGUCUGGCAUGAAAUUGUAAACUACAUUUGUCAGCUCAUCUUCUGGGUUAGCUUAGCAGUCAUAGUGGUAUGUUACAUCCUCAUCAGCAAGGAACUGUACAAAUCCUACAAAAGGACUCGAUGCACAGGGAAGGGAUCUAAAAAGACUGUCAAUCUCAAGGUUUUCAUAAUAAUUGCUGUGUUCUUUAUUUGCUUUGUGCCAUUCCACUUCACCAGAAUCCCCUACACCCUGAGCCAAACGAGAGAUGUGUUUGACUGCUCUGCUCGGAACGCUCUGUUCUACCUGAAGGAGACCACGCUGUGGCUGACGUCCCUCAAUGCCUGCCUGGAUCCCUUCAUUUACUUUUUCCUGUGCAAAUCCUUUAGGAAAUCCCUGCUGGGCAUGCUGUGCAAGCACAGGGCAGUGUCAGGGGCACAGGCAAAGGGGGAUGACUCUGACGAGACCCCGCUCUAGAUCCCAGGGCUCCUCUCCCCUUCCUGGCCACACGCCUUCACUGAGGUGGCAGGAGCACAGGUCCACGAGGAGCAUCCAGAACUCCACUGACUUCUUCAGAAACAGCCCUGCAGAUGAGGCACGAGCCCCCUGGAACCACCACCGCUGCUGCAAAAAUAAAAAGCUUAAAUAAAUACCAGAGGAGUCCUCUCAACCUCCACCCUUGCCAAAAGAGGAGCUCCCCAGACCCCAACCUCCACGGCUGUCAGAACUGAUGGGAAGAAGUCAGACCUGAAAGGUGGAACUGUGAGGAAAAACUUAAAACAGAAUCAUGAAAUGCGACAGAUGAUACUAUGAACUGUAAAGAUUUUGCAGAAAUAGCUAAAUUUGGGCCAGAGUAUAGUUCACGACAACACAAGACCUGAGAAAUGCAGAUAAAAUGCACAGUAGAUGUCAUUUUUCAAUACAGGGAGUUGUCACCUUGUAUGCAACUGGCAGACAAACAGAAACCUAGAGAGAGCCAUUUGGGCAGAUUUUUGGUAACAGAAUAACACUUUUCUUAUCUCAUUCUAUGCUUGCAGUUCCUAAUCC